UUGGCACUAGACGGAAAUGACUUCGAAGUGAUAGCUUCCUCUACAAAACCGCGCUUUUUGAGUGAAAAAAUGUGAACAAUUUCCUUCCAAAAUAGGACGUUACUAUCAACACCCGCGAUCUACGGGAAGUGAUGGGACAGGAUCGGUAGAACUCAAUACAGGAACUUAUUUAUAGAUGUGCUAAACGUUUGUAGAAAUCAAAGGAAGACGAGAAAUGAAUUCGAAAUCACAACGCGCCAUGCGCGGGGUCAAAAAAACUAUCGCAAGACAGCUAAAAGGCAAAUUUGCGUGCAAGUUAAGGUUCACCGUGACUUACGAAUACGUGGAUUUGCAGUGCCAUGAUGCAUGGAAGCCAAAAGAUGUUAAUGUGGUCUGGUUCAGAAGCCACAGAUCAAAGACUUCUCAAAAGCCGAGUGUCAAGGCAUCCUACGUGGAUCCAAUGUCUGGGCUGUUCAUUUAUAAUGCAGUCUGGAUGCCUCCAAAUGCUGUGGAACUUGUUGUUACUCUUUACAAGGAUAGUGCAGGAAGUUUCAAGAAGAAGGAAUAUUUCUUUGUUAUUGAGAGCCAUGGUUCGGAAGCAGAUCGCAAGAAGCUUGCACUUUUUUCUUGUAACAUGGCAGACUUUGCAUCUCCUGAUACAAAUGAAUUUGAUCUGGAGAUGGAAUUUAAGCCACAAUCUAAAAAGGUUUCAGUUGCCAAGCUUGGUGCAAAGAUCAGAUGUGAAUUCAUCAAACAAGGAAAUGCUGAUGAAGAUGACAUGGAAAGCAAUUUUAGCCAUAUGAGUGAAGGGGACUUCAAGCAACGGAUGUCAGAGUUGGCAGAGAUAAGUGAUGAUGAAGAUGAUAAAAAGGCAGACAUGGCAAAAAUAAGGGAUCGAUCACGGCACACCUGGUCUCAGUUCAUAGAUGAGAUGAAGACUCUUGAGUACAAGGAGUACCAUGUUGCCAUGAUGGGGAACCCUCUGGCAGAUUUUCAUGAGCAAGCAAAUGAAAUGGAGAAGAAUCAAGAAAAAGAAAAUCAAGAUGAAGAAGAGACAGGCGUAUCUCUAGACUCCCCCAUUCCAGAGUCCAUCCUAAGUCAGCGAAAGGCAAAGAAGCGAGUUCUGAGUGCAGUUUUUGAGACGGUACCAGAAGAGGAUGAGCCACCGGAAGAGUCCCCAGCCAGCCCUACAGAUCAGCUCAAGUUUAUAUUCCCUUCAAAACAGUUAACCAAGGUGUCAAGAUCCAACACUUUACCAGAAUCAAUAGAGGGAUCUCAUCGAGUCCAAGAGUGGCUGAGUGAUGUUAAUGAGAAGGUUCAAGAUGUCAAAUAUAUGAAGCUAGAAAGAGAGAACCAGGAGCUCAGAGACAGCAAUAAAGUCCUUGGAAAUGAAAUUAUUCAGCUCCACAAAGAGAAAGAUGAGCUUCAGGUUGAAAUAAGUGAGCUGCAGAUGUUGGUGGAAGAUCUCAGAACAAAGCUCACGCAAGCAGAAUCUAUUUCUGGCAAGAAAAAGAAGGAGAUUGAUGACAUCAGGAAAAAAGUAGAGGAAAAAUCAGUGUCAGAGGCACCUAAGUUAAAGGUGUCUCAAGUUCGUGGCUGGCUCUGUAAGCGGGGUGUGAGAGGCCUGACCGGCCGGCGAUGGAGGCGGAGGUGGUUUGCCACUGAUAAUGAAGGGAGACUUUAUUACUACAAAAAGACAAACAACACACAUCCAAGAGGUUUUAUAGAUCUGGAUAUUAUUGUAGCUGUGCAAGAUAAACCAACAGAUGAACAAGAUACCAAUAACGCCCUGUUUGAUGUCAUCACACCCGCAAGGGUCUUUGAGCUGAUGGCGCAUGACGAGGAGGAGAAAGUCAGAUGGAUUAAUGCUCUUGACUACCUGAGGCACUGGAGAUCACGAAUGGUGAAAAUGACAAACACAUAGAAGAAAUGACAAACACACACAAACUUCUUCCCAAACCGAACAAUGUGACUAUAGACAGUGAUUGAUUGUUACUGAUGUACAACCUGUGGGCUUUUGAAGUCAGGGUUUUUUUAACACUUCCCAACCCCUCCCUCUAGAAAAAUUUAAAUCAAUAUUCAUGAAAAAAGAUAGUUGCAUGCUGUUUGCAUUGUAACUGUGGUUGUAAGGGUAUUUGAGCUGUUGCUUGUUUGACAGUGUUAGGUUUUUGUGUGUUAUAUGUGUACAAAAAAGGGGUGGGGCACUGGGGGCAUCCCCCCCCUCCACAAUAUUUUUUAAAAAAAUUAUAAGAAAAUGACCAGUAGGGGUGUGGCUGUGCCCAACAAUGUUUUAUUGACGUUUCUGUUUUGAGGUCCUACAAUAAUUUGAGGCCUGCUGCGGCUUUGGUAUGUACAUAUUAAUAAUUUACAUAAGUCUGUAGAUAUCUUCAGAACUUCUUGUAUGAUAAAAUAACGUAUCUACAAGGCUAAAUCACAAAAUAUUUUAUGCUAUAACAAAAUAUUUUAUGCCAUAACAAAAAUUUUAUGCCAUAAAAUAUUUUAAUGCCCUGGGAAAAUGCUGUUCUUUCGUUUUAUGUUCAUAACCAUUGAUUUGUACUUGGAAUGGCACAUGAAGAGAAUGGCAUUUGCUCUAGGCCUUAGUAACAUUUAUGGACUGCAACCAAGAAAGCAGUUUGGGAUAUAUGCAAGGUGAUUAGGCACUUUGAUCCUGGCUUGUUAAUCUGUAAAUAGCAAUAAACAAUGUUUGUCAAGA